UACCGUGCGAGGAGGACAAGAUGGCCGAUCCACGGGGAGGACUCCGCCUUCCCGGCGUGCCCCGCGCCGCGCGGCGCUCUAGCACUGCGGCGCCGGGACUCUACUACUCCGGGAAGGGCGGGGCCGUGGGCGGGGCAGCCGGGCGGUAUUUAUUGCGGGACGGCCGCACGGCGCUGCGUGCGGAGCUGGGUCGGUUCGCCAUGAGCUCGGCGCCGCCCGUCUUCAUCGGCUCCGCGGAGGUGGAGCGGCUGCUGCCCCGUGCCAGCCUGCUGCUGCCGGGGCUGGAGGCCGCGCUGCGCAACUUCUCGGCGGGCGCGGCGGGCGGGGUGGAGCAGCCGCUGCGAGCCGUGGUGCCCGUACGGCCGCACGGGGGGUUCCUGGGGGUGAUGCCCGCGUACAGCGCCGCGGACGACGCGCUGACCACCAAGCUGGUGACGUUCUACGAACGCCGCGGGGACUCCGCCGCGCCGUCCCACCGAGCCACCGUUCUGCUCUUCGACCCCCGCUGCGGCUCCCUGCGAGCGGUCCUGGAUGGCUCCGUCAUCACGGCGAAGCGCACGGCGGCGGUUUCUGCCAUAGCUACGAAGCUGCUAAUGCCGAGAUCUGCAGAAGUGCUGUGCAUCUUGGGAGCUGGUGUCCAAGCACGCAGCCACUACGAGAUCUUCACGGAGCUGUUCCCAUUUACGGAGGUCCGGCUGUGGAAUCGCAGCGAGCAGCGCGCGGUGAGGCUGGCGAGCUCCGUGGGCGGCGCGGUGCGGGUCUGCGGCACGGCCCGGGAGGCGGUGCUGGGGGCCGAUGUGAUCGUAACGGUCACCAUGGCGACGACGCCCAUUCUGUUCGGAGACUGGGUGAAGCCGGGAGCCCACAUCAACGCGGUCGGAGCAAGCAGGCCGGACUGGAGGGAGCUGGACGAUGCGCUGAUGAAGAGCUCUGUUCUGGUUGUGGAUUCCAGAGAGGCAGCGCUGACGGAGUCAGGCGAUGUCAUUCUGUCCGGGGCAGAGAUUUUUGCUGAGCUGGGGGAGGUGCUGAAGGGUACAAAACCAGCGCUGCCUGAGAAAACCACGGUCUUCAAGUCCCUGGGGAUGGCAGUUGAAGAUACUGUAGCUGCAAAGUUUGUGUAUGAUGCAUGGUCAGCUGGAAAAUGAAGAGAGCUCUGCAGUGCCAGCAAGGCCAUGAAGUAUCAGCAGAUCACUUGCACUUGGUUCCCUUGCAUUUCUGGUUAACAAGAUGGGCAGCAAUCCCACCUGAAUGCAGCUUUCAAGAACGAAAACUAACACUUCAUGGGACUUGCUGCUGUUUUCUGUAGCUGUUAGGUACCUGCAGCACUGCUAGCAAAUGUCUCAUACAGUGUGUGGGUGGAUGACAGCACUUACACUAACAGGGUGUUCUCGCACGCUUUGCUAUGUCCUCCCUCGUUAUUUAUGGUGUGGCAGUCCAGGGCACGAUCUCAUGCUUUAGCAGGCUCGUUCCCACUGGGGUAGCAGGCAGUUUGGAGACUGGAGUUCCACAUGUGGAGCUGUGAUGGUCUCAGUGCAGUGCUGGCUGUGAGCAGCUCCUCAGCCCUACGGGGAGCAGAGCCGCUCCGUUCCGCUGGGAUCAGCCCCCAGCAGUGUCCCAUUUCCUGCCCCACACCUCACUGGUUUUCAUUUAGGAGCACAUUCCCCAGCAGGACCUGCAUACAAAGCCGUGCCUUCCCUGCUAGGGAAAAAGGUAGGCUUUGUCAUAGGAAACCUGGCUCAGGCAGGCUGAAACUGUACUGAAUCCCUCUUUUGCUGCUUUCCUGCCUGUGGUUUUGCCUUUUUCGUGUUGGAGGGACUCACCCAAAAUGUCAGUGCUGAAAAUGUGCUUUGAUUUAGUGUUUCCUUUUGUUAGUUGGGAGAUUUCCUUAGUCACCUAUGGUGUAUGCAAGCUGUUCUCAAAGCAUCUUGGUGGCUGGAACAGCACUGGCUGAUUUUGGCUGGUAGGACUUGGAGUGCUCAGGAAAAUGGGUUCCACCUGGCUGUGCUGUGUGUUUGUAAAAGUUCUUAUCCCAGCGGGUCCGUGCUGGGGCAGGAAUGUCUGUGGUCCUCCCUUGCAGCAGAGCUGGGAAUGCUCUGCAGAAGGAGGGGUUCCCAUUCUGUGUGGUUACGUGAUGGCUGCACAGCGGGCUGGGCAGUGGCUGGGAGCAGCCUUGGUGUGCGUGCAGCCCCUGUGUCACACUGCAGUGUCUGCAAGCUUCAUUUCCCCUGGGUCGGUCUGCACUUCCCGUGGGCCGGUCUGCCUGCCUGCGCUCGGGGAGGAGCGGGUGGGGGUCGGAAGACUCAGGGCGGAGGGGGAGGAGGCUGUGAGCUUUGCACAUGGGCACCUCGUUGGCAAAUAGGUACGUGUGGAAGGGGUGAGUGAGGACGGUGUCAGCGCUGCACGUGGCGUUCAGAACCGUGAGUUCAGGGCAGCGGGAAGGCGGGGAGCAGCGGUGUGCAUCGCGCGGUUCAGCGCGGUGGGCUGAGGGGGAGGGGGGAUGUGUUUGUGUGGGUAAAGGUGGGACUCGGCUGCUUUUGCUGCUGUCAGCGGAAAUGAGGACAGAUUUCUCCCCCCAGCUCUGUGUGGUGAUGGUGGCAGCGUCACCCCUGUGUUUUUAGAGUGCUUUUUUCUUUGUGUCAUUUGCGAAGUGCUGAGAAGUGUGUCCGGGCUGUGACGGCCGUGGGCACCGCGGGGCAUCCGUGGGAGCCGCGGCUCCGUGCGGGCGGCGCUGCGGGCUGGGUGCAGCGCGCUGCCCGCGACGGCGCACAGUUCAUCCCGCCGGUUCUCUGCUACGGACGGCAUCUCAGAGCAGCAGGCGGCGCGGAGCGGCGCUCACGGCGUCUGUCGGCGGUGGGAGCCGCUGUGAGCCGGACCUGAAACCACUGGGCUUCCCGCUGCCCCGGGGGAGCCGGGCUGCUCGGCACAGUGGGAGCACUUGGGUGUCUUCUCCAGGUCUUCGGAGAGCUAAGAACAGGGCGCGCUGCUCUGCUUCCUCCUCUUACCAAUUAAGAGUCAAGAGUUGUUGCAACUCUCAUCUAUGUUAAAAUAAAUAGCUCCUGUUCGA